UUAUUUUCAUCUUCCAAUUUCAUCCUCUCCAAAAAAAAAAAAAAAACUUCUUCAAUCUUCACAACCUUUCUUUCAUUCACGCACAAAAACCCGAUCCUAGUUCUAAUAAAUAAUUCACACUUUCCCCAAUUCGCAACACAAUUUUCAAUCCACCAUGGGUUACGAAGAUAAUCCGUAUCGUGAUGAAGACGGUGAACCGUUGAUGGAUUACGACGACGUACAAUCCGACGGCGAAGGAUCACCGGAGCCACAACAACUCGACGAUUUCGAAGAAGAAGAUGUCGACAAUUUUCACGAUCGUGCCCGGUCACAGACACCGGUUUACGAAAACGAUUCGUCGAAAUCAAAGCCGAGGAAACGCUUGAUUAAGAAAAGUGAUACCGGAAAACAGUCAAUGGCGCUGCCAUCGGAGCUCGAAGAUGAAUUGGAGGAGGAGGAUGAAGGGAGGAAGAGGAAGAAGGGGAAGGAUGGUGGGUCUGGGAAGAAGGAGAAGAGGCUGAAAGGGGGUAGUAGUAGUAGUGGAAAGGGUGGGUCUAGAUUUGGUGGUUCUAAGAGAGGGGUUGGUGGGAAAAGUGGGAAUGAUCGUGAAGGUGAAGUUAAUGAGAUGUGGGAUGCACUUGCUGGAAAUUCUGAGGAUGAUAAUGAAGGUGCCAGGAAUAUGGAUGAUGAUAACUUUAUAGACGACACUGGAGUAGAACCUGCUUUGUAUGGUUACGAUGAACCACGUUCUCCUGGCGAUGCUCCACAGGCUGAGGAAGGUGAGGAAGAUGAUGAAAUCAAGGAUCUUUUCAAGAUGGGGAAGAAAAAGAAGAAGAACGAGAGAAGUCCUGCAGAAAUUGCUUUAUUAGUUGAGAAUGUUAUGGCUGAGCUUGAGGUUACAGCAGAAGAGGAUGCUGAGCUUAAUCGGCAGCACAAGCCCGCAGUCAAUAAACUCAAGAAGUUGCCUCUUCUUAUAGAAGUUCUUUCAAAGAAACAACUUCAGCUUGAGUUUUUAGAUCACGGAGUGCUAAAUUUAUUGAAGAGUUGGCUUGAGCCACUUCCUGAUGGAAGUCUGCCAAAUAUCAACAUACGAACAGCAAUUUUGAAGAUUUUGAAUGAUUUACCUAUAGAUCUAGAGCAUUAUGAUAGAAGAGAACAGCUGAAGAGAAGUGGUCUUGGAAAGGUUAUUAUGUUUUUAUCAAGGUCCGAUGAAGAAAUCAAUGUAAAUAGGAGAUUAGCCAAGGAUUUGGUUGAUAAAUGGAGCCGACCUAUAUUCAAUAAGAGUACUCGGUUUGAAGACAUGCGAAAUACUGAGGAUGAUAGAGUUCCUUACAGGAGGCCAUCGGUUAAAAAGCCAGCAGCUAAAGCUGCAGGGAUGCAAUCAAGAGACGGUGAUCUUGAUUUGGAUCUUUCACAGCCUAGGUCCGGAGAGUCGUCUUCCAGGCAACAUGCAUCAAGGCCAGAAGCCACACCUUUGGAUUUUGUGAUCCGCCCCCAAUCUAAAAUUGACCCUGAUGAAAUCAGAGCACGUGCAAAACAAGCUACACAAGACCAGCAUCGUAUGAAGAUGAAUAAGAAAUUGCAGCAGUUGAGGGCACCAAAAAAGAAGCAGCUUCAGGCUACAAAACUGAGUGUGGAAGGUCGUGGUAUGGCCAAAUACUUUUAAGUUUGAUUAAUACUGGAUCAAUUGGUUUGUCCGGCAAGCUUGGUAUAAUGCUCAACCCUGACAUGAAUUGUUGUACUGAAGAAUGAGCCAGUUAAAAUGUGAAGCAGAUGAGCCCUGAUGUGAAUCUCCUUUGGCAUCUAUGUCAUAGUGAUUGAAAUUUGAUGGGGGAUGUCAUCAAAAUACACUCCCCUGUCCCGCAUUUAUUUUGUAUGCAUGAAUUGCAAAAGUAAAGCCACAGUACAUUGGGCAAUUAUUUAAGUUUUUUUGUUUAUUAUUUCUUCAUCUUUCAAAUAAUCAAGCUUUGAUUUGUCAUCAAUUUAAUGAAAAUCUGGAUUCUGGACACAAAUUGGUCGAAGUUGAGUAUGAUAGAAUUUUGGUGAUACAAAGA